AAUAAAAAGGAAAAAUGGAAUGUACCCAAAAAAAAAAUUGAAGGGGAUCCCUCAAAAUUGAAGUCCUAUAAAAAAAUGGUGAGCUUCUUCUUCGAAGUUUCUUUUCCGUCGCCACCCUCCGCUACUCCGCCGUUGUACCACCGUGCAUAACCUCGCUUAACUCAUUGGUUCUCUCUCACACGAGUCUUACCAUCAACAGUAACGCAUUUGUGUUUUACUAUUAUAGAUUGGUUGAUGAAACACAACACCAAAUCAGACUGACUGUCAACAUUUUUCUUCAAAAUCCAGAAGCCUUUCCCCGUUUUGCUGCUGCUGGAGAUAUAAUUCGGCUUUGUAAUGUUGAGGUACAACUCUUUGUGUGCAAUUGUCAUUUGUCUAGGCGUGGUUUUUAACACACAGUUCUAUGUUUCUAAGUUUUGUGACAAAAUCUAACUAAGCUUAGAGUCAGCCAAACCCGACAUUUGAUAUAGGCUGGUCGUUAUACGUCUCCACCCUUCAUCAUCUGAUCUCCUCCAACCUUCCAUGUCCAUACCUUCUUCAACACUUCACUAACGCAACCUUAUCACUCUCUCAAUGCCACCUAACAUCACACUCAAGCCCUCUUCCGCAUCAUCUUCAUCGCCAUUCAAAAACAUCACCUUCCCCAAAAACAACAAGAACAAAAAGAAACCACCCAAUCCAACACAACCCAUUGACCAUUCCCACCUCUCACAACUUCUCUCCAAACCCAAUUCAGACUGGGUCAUCUUACUCAACCACCAACUCCAUUCCAACAAAUUACAACUCACACCCCCUUCACUCUCCACCAUUUUCCAAAACAUUCAAAACCCAUUACACUCCAUCAAAUUCUACACAUGGGUUUCCACUAUCAACCCUUCACUGGCUAAAAAUCCUUCCAUUCACCGCAUUUUAGGUAACACGUUAUACCGAAACGGUCCCGUUCUUCUUUCUGCUGAGUUUCUCAAUGAUGUUCAUAAAUCAGGUUUUAGGGUUAGUGAUGAUUUGUUAUGUGUUUUGAUGGGUAGUUGGGGUAGGCUUGGUUUAGCUAGAUACUGUGUUGAUGUUUUUGGUCAAAUUUCAUUUUUGGGUAUUGCUCCAAGUACUAGGUUGUAUAAUGCUCUUAUUGAUGCAUUAGUUAAAUCAAAUUCUAUUGAUUUGGCUUAUCAUAAGUUUCAACAGAUGAUUGGUGAUCAUUGUUUUCCUGAUAGGAUUACUUAUAAUGUUCUUAUUCAUGGUGUUUGUAAGAUUGGUGUUGUGGAUGAGGCUCUUCGUUUGAUUCGACAGAUGAAGGAUAAGGGACUUUCUCCUAAUGUUUUUACUUACACAAUAUUGAUUGAUGGGUUUUGUAAUGCUAAGAGGGUUAAUGAAGCUUUUGGGGUUUUCGAUAUGAUGAAGGAGAGUAAGGUUUGUUUAAAUGAUGCUACUGUUAGGACAUUGGUUCAUGGGGUUUUCCGUUGCGUUGGUCCGAGUAAGGCGUUUGUGUUGUUGUCUGAGUUUUUAGAUAGGGAGGAGAAUGUUUGUUUCGGUAAGUUAGCUUGUGAUACAGUACUGUAUUGCCUUGCGAAUAAUUCAAUGGCGAAAGAGAUGAUCGUGUUUAUUAGAAAAGCCUUAGCUAGAGGUUAUGUCCCUGACAGUUCCAUUUUCAAUGUUAUAAUAGCUUGUUUGGUUAAGGAAGCUGAGCUGAGAGAGGCGUGUGAGAUGUUUGGAAUUUUCAGGAAGCAAGGUGUGAAGCCAGGUAUUGGUACUUAUCUUGUACUUGUUGAAGCUUUGUACAAAGAUGAAUGGAGAGACGAAGGGGAUCAAAUUUAUGAUCACAUGAUUAGUGAUGGGUUGAUUUCGAAUGUCGUUUCAUAUAACAUGUUGAUUAAUUGCUUCUGCAAAUCAAACUUGAUGGACAAAGCAUCCAAGGUUUUCAGGGAGAUGCAAUUUAGAGGCUCCACUCCCAACCUUGUUACUUUCAAUACCCUUAUUAAUGGCCAUUGUAAGGAUGGAGCAAUAGUCAAGGCACAAGAGCCGCUAGAGAUGCUUUUAGAAAAUGGGCUUAAACCUGAUAUCUUCACUUUUAGUUCUAUAAUUGAUGGACUGUGUCGAAUAAAGAGGAUUGAGGAAGCUUUUGAAUGCUUUAAUGAGAUGAUUGAAUGGAACAUCAAUCCAAAUACUAUUAUUUACAAUAUCUUGAUUCAUGCUUUAUGCAGCGUUGGGGAAACUGCAAGAUCAGUGAAGCUUUUAAGAAGAAUGCAAGAGGAAGGAAUAAGCCCUGACACCUACUCCUAUAAUUCUUUGAUUCAAAUUUUUUGUAGGAUGAAUAAGGUUGAGAAAGCUAGAAAGCUUUUUGACUCAAUGACAAGAUCUGGCUUGAAUCCUGACAAUUACACAUACAGUGCUUUUAUAGUGGCACUUUCUGAAUCUGGGAGAUUAGAGGAAGCCCUGAAAUUGUUUUACUCAAUGGAGGCGAAUGGUUGCUCUCCUGAUUCAUAUGUAUGUAACUUAAUUAUUAAAACAUUGGUUCGGCAAGAUCGUGUUGAAGAGGCUCGAAAGGUUGUAGAAAGGUGCCGGCAGAAAGGAAUAUUUUUGAAUUGUAUUCCUAAUCCGUAGAUCGGUUUUCUAUUAGUUUCUGGACUCUUCUACAAAAUUGAGAGUUCUGCGGAGAAGAUAUUGAAACAAGACACAGGUACCUUAGAUUAUAAAGCUCUGUUGACAUGGAGGAUUUGUGUUAUGUUUGGAUGCAUUAAUUAGUUAUGCACAUGUAUGUACUCCUACUUAACAACCCAUUGGGUUCUAAUUGAAUUUUGGAGAUUUCUUUGUUAGCUACCUUAAAUGUUAGUAAGAUGUUAUAUAUGCAAAUAAAUAUUCGUUAACAUGAUGGAAGUCAUGACAACAAUCAAUUGAAUAAUGGCUUUGUCUAACAUGCAAAAGUGAAAUAAGGCUUUGACUAACAUUCUGCGGCCUGUUGUUUGAUUAUUCUUUCUUGCUUUUUAUUAGAUUUUGUAUGUUUUGAUUGUUUGGUCCUUUAAUUGAAGGGUUCGGUUUUGAUGCUUUAUUUCUUUUGCAGGGUUUGAUUUUGAUUCUUUAUUUCAUUUCCAGAUUUCAAUUUGUUUCUUGUUUUAUUUGUUAUUCUAUUUUGUAUAUUGUUUCUUUUUCAACUAACAAUGGAUUCAGGAUCUUUGAGUUCUCCCGACAUCAAAACUGAAUCACACGAUUUAGGAACAAUUUAUUCAGAGAAAGAAUUCCUGAGAAAAUGCAAUCAAAGAUUGACAGUGGUGAGUCUCGUCUAUCCAAGUUCUGCAAAUACUCACAAACUUUAUGGGUUCAACUCUCUUGCUUUCUCUUGUUGGUGGCUUCAUCUCAGUACUUAUUUGAAUAGAUCACAACUUGCUUGCUUUUUGGAUCACUAGAAGUUCUGGCUUUGGCAAUGGUUACCUUUCAAGCUGCUUCAGAUCAUUUACAUCCAAAUGCAUGUGGGAAAUCAAGUUGUAUGAAAGGCAGAAUAUGAUUCAUGUUUUACAGAUAAAUGAGUUUGUUGGCAUUGGGUAUUGGAGGAGUAAGAGGAUCUAUGACUGCUUUUGGUGCUGACCAAUUUCAAGAAAAUGAUCCAAAUGAAGCAAAAGCUCUUGCUAGCAUUUUCAAUUGGCUUUUGCUUAGUUCGGCUCUUGGAGCAAUUACUGGUGUGGUUUGGAUUAGUACACAAAGAGCUUGGCAUUGGGGAUUUUUCAUAAUAACUAUUGCUUCCUAUAUUGGUUUUAUGUCUCUUGCUAUGGGAAGUCUUUUUAUAGAAUCAAAACUCCAGGAGAUAGCCCCAGAAUCAUAAUUGCUCAGGUUAUUGUUGAGGCAAUUAAAACUCGAAAGCUGUCAGUUAUAUGAAAUCAGUGACAAAGAUGCAAUGCAACAGUGGAGAAAAUUGUUCACACAAAACAAAUGAGGUGACUUUCCUGCUCUCCUCCCUGGAAACCAUCUAUUGUUUUCACCUUCACAAUUUCUGAUAUUGUGGCAAAUUUAGAAAGCGCUUUCACUCUGUGAUAGUAGUAGUCAUGGUAGCAUUUCUAGUGCUACAAUCUCUAUUGGAUCUGACUGAUACUGAAAAUGUUACAUGAUUCUUAUUGAAAAUGUUAAAGAUUUAGGAAUGUGAUCUAACAUUAGGCUGCUGUGUAGAAUUUUGUGAAACACAAUAGCCAGUAAAUUUGAUCAUUUUACAAUUUUAGUAUCAUUUGUUAAUGCAUGUGUAAAUUUAUUUGCAACUUCUCUUUUAGUCUUUUGGUUUGAACUACAGGCUAAAGCCAUUGUAUUUGAUGUUACUUUUAGAUUAGAGCAUUGAAAAGUUCAA